CACUCUUGUUGAGUCGGUGUGAAAGCUCAUAAUUUCCACUCAAAUGCGCUUGUCGUUUCGGCUCAUGAUGUCUGAAGCAGUUAAAACCUUCGACUAUCUUGUGAUCGGCGGUGGAUCUGGUGGUUUGGCAAGUGCAAGAAGGGCUUCUUCUCUUGGUGCAAAAGCCGCUGUUAUCGAGCAUGGGAGACUUGGUGGAACUUGUGUAAAUGUUGGCUGUGUUCCAAAGAAGGUGAUGUUUAAUACAGCUGUCCAUGCUGAAUACAUUCAUGACCAUGCUGAUUAUGGCUUUGAUGUCACUUUUAAUAAAUUCUCUUGGGCGACAGUUAAGAACUCCAGAGAUGCAUAUAUCAAGAGAUUGAAUGGCAUUUAUGAGAACAAUUUAAAAAAGGACAAUGUUGAGUACAUUCCUGGUCAUGCUGUUUUCACACCGGAAGGAAACAUCAAAGUUGGGGACACUGUGUACAGUGGCAAACACAUAUUGAUUGCUUGUGGUGGAAGGCCAACAGUACCUGCAUUUCCAGGCUGUCAGUAUGGAAUCACCAGUGAUGGCUUCUUUGAGUUGGAGGAUCUGCCAAAGAAAACUGCGGUUAUUGGAGCAGGAUACAUUGCCGUGGAGUUAGCAGGAAUACUAAAUGCAUUAGGCUCUAAAGUGUCAUCUUUCAUCAGAUAUGACAGGGUGCUUCGAACCUUUGACUCCAUGCUAAGUGAAGGAGUUACCAAUGAAAUGGUCAAGGCUGGAAUUGAUCUCCAAACUCAUAUGUCUAUCCAGGAGAUCACAAAAGAUAGUGGAAGUGGUCUGAUGACUGUGCAUGCUUUGAAAAACAAGGAAGAUAAGGUGGCUCUGUCAGGUUUUGACUGCAUUAUACUCGCCAUCGGAAGAGGUCCAAAUACUGACAUCCUUGGAUUAGGUGGUCUGGGAAUAGAUAUGGAUGCCAAAGGGCAUAUAAUAGUCGACGAGUUCCAAAACACAUCAAGGACUGGUGUAUAUGCCUUAGGAGAUGUGUGUGGUAAAGCUUUACUCACCCCAGUGGCCAUUGCAGCCGGCAGAAGACUUGCUCACAGACUGUUUGACGGACAAAAAGAUUUGAAGUUAGACUACAAUAACAUCCCCACUGUGGUUUUCAGUCAUCCACCUUUAGGAACUGUGGGUCUAACACAAGAGGAAGCAGAGGCCAAGUAUGGAAAAGACAAAAUCAAGGCUUACAAGACUUCGUUCACUAACAUGUAUCAUGCGUUCACACACCGAAAGACUAGCACCAUGAUGAAACUAGUGUGUCUUUUGCCAGAAGAGAAGAUUAUUGGUCUGCAUAUUCUUGGAAUAGGCUGUGACGAGAUGCUGCAGGGUUUUUCCGUGGCGGUCAAAAUGGGGGCGACAAAGAAAGAUUUUGAUGAUACCGUGGCAAUUCAUCCUACGUCUUCCGAAGAACUGGUCACAAUGCGUUGAUCGAGAAAAAAAAAAACUUACCCUUACUGUUUACAAAAUUGCGUCACUCACCGACAAUUGCUCUUGUUCUACAAUUGGUUGAAGUCACGUGGUCACUAGGGUGACUCAUAACUCUUUUCGUGACUGGAUCAGACAACUCUGUAUGAUGCAUCAACCUCGCUCCCAGGCUCUCUCUCUCUCUUUUGCCUCCCUUAAAGUGAGGUAAAGGAGAGAGAGCCUGGGAACGAGGUGGAUGACGCAUAAGUGUUGUAGAAUGGUCGUUUCAAAACUUCUUAGGUUUUUAAUAAAUAUCACAUUUUUCCAUUA